ACGAUAAGGCUCCUUAUCUUCUCUUAUAUAUGGAUAGUCUGCACAUAGCAACAAUCCCUUCCUCCUGAAACUCACUGUUCCUUCGGCCAUGGCUACUUGCACCGCACCUUCAUCCUUCAUACUAACGCAUGCUGCCUCCUCCGUCCACCCUCAAGACCUCACUCCAUCGCUUCGUUGCUUUAAUCCCAACCCUCUUUUUCGGACUUUCUCUUUCUAUCCUUUGGUUUUAAAGUCGAAAGCAAGGAACUUUGGUAAAUUUGUCGAUGUGGAUGCGCACAAGGAAGCUAAGUCAAGGAAUUAUCGUAUAGUUGUGGCUGCUUUGGCCGCCGAGGCCGAGGUUGAGGUUGCCGAGAAGCCUGGAGACGAGGGUGUGGAUGGUGGUGAUGGGUCACCGGUAAACACUGCUGUCACGCCCAAGCCUAAGAAGGGGAAGGCUGCAUUGCCUCUCAAGAGGGAUAGGACGAGAUCCAAGAGGUUCUUGGAAAUUCAAAAGUUGAGGGAGAAUAAAAAGGAGUAUGACUUAAAGACAGCAAUAUCUUUAGUUAAAUCAACAGCGAAUACGAAAUUUAACGAAACAGUGGAAGCUCAUUUCCGCCUCAACAUUGACCCUAAGUAUAAUGAUCAACAGUUAAGAGCAACGGUAAGUCUGCCUAAGGGAACCGGAAAGACUGUUAAAGUGGCUGUUCUUACUCAAGGUGAGAAGUUUGAUGAAGCCAAAAAUGCCGGAGCUGAUUUGGUGGGUGGAGAGGACCUGAUAGAGCAGAUAAAAGGAGGAUUCAUGGACUUUGAUAAAUUAAUUGCUUCUCCAGACAUGAUGCCUAAGGUUGCAAGCCUAGGGAAAAUUCUGGGUCCAAGGGGACUGAUGCCAAAUCCCAAAGCUGGCACUGUGACUGCCAACAUCCCUCAGGCUAUAUCAGAAUUCAAGCAAGGCAAGGUAGAAUACAGGGCAGAUAAAACUGGAAUUGUCCACCUACCUUUUGGAAAAGCUGAUUUCUCCGAGGAGGAUCUUCUGAUAAACUUGGUUGCUGCCGUAAAAUCAGUAGAGGCAAACAAACCAUCAGGUGCGAAAGGAGUGUACUGGAAAAGUGCACACAUAUGCUCAGCAAUGGGGCCUUCUAUCAGAUUAAAUAUCAGGGAGAUGUUGGAUUAUAGGCUUCCCUCAAAUCUGUGAAGAACACAGUACACCACUGUAAAUCCUUUUUUUGAUUCAUUACUUAGCUUCUGGCUUGCCUCAAAGAUGGUAGUGAAGUUGCUUGCAUAUAGGGAUGAACAGGGAAAUGUUCUGGCGGUUUUAUCUCUCGUUAUAGCCUGCCCCAAAAGUAAGGGACAUUGCACACUACGUAGGCUUUGACAAUGGCUAAGGAUAGACUUGUGCUGCUGUUGUAAUAAGACGACAUUAAUUUUAUUAUAUGUAUUUGUUUUUUUUUUAUUGUUGAUUUUCUGUCUGUUACGUAGCUCUGAUAUACUUGAGCUGCUCCUGCUAUUUUGGUUCUGCACGUUAUCACCUUAAGUUGCA